CGGGAUCACUCACACUCUUUCCUCUCCAACACCAGAAUGCUCGCUCGCUCGCUCUUCUCCGGCCGUCGCGCUUUGCUGCGCAAUGCCCGCUCGCUCCACAUUGCUAAGGACAUGACUGAGCUCAUCGGCAACACGCCGCUGGUCUACUUGAACCACGUGACCGAAGGAUGUCACGCCAAGAUUGCUGUUAAGUGCGAGUUCAUGGAGCCAUGCGCCUCUGUGAAGGACCGCAUUGGUCUGAGUAUGAUCUUGGACGCCGAGAAGUCCGGCCGUCUGGACAAGGAAACGCACAUCAUCGAGCCCACGUCGGGCAAUACCGGUAUCGGACUGGCCUUCGCGUCCGCUGUGCGUGGCUACAAGUUGACGCUGGUUAUGCCCGACACGAUGUCGAUGGAGCGUCGUAUCCUGCUUAAAUCGUUCGGCUGCAACGUGGUGCUCACUCCUGGUGCUAAGGGCAUGACCGGAGCUGUGGCCAAGGCGGAGGACUUGGUCAAGAAGGAGGCCGGCAAGGCGCUGACGCUCGGCCAGUUCGACAACCCGGCCAACCCCAAGAUCCACUUCGAGACGACCGGCCCGGAGCCCAAGAAGUCCAGUAUCAAGAUCGUGGCCGUCGAGCCCGAGGAGAGCCCCGUGCUCUCGAGUGGCAACCCGGCGCCCCACAAGAUUCAGGGCAUUGGCGCUGGCUUCGUGCCGCGAGUGCUGGAGCGUGACCUGAUCGACGAAGUUAUCACGGCCAGCAGUCCGGACGCCUUCGCCAUGGCCAAGCGCCUGGCUCUGGAGGAGGGAAUCCUCCUUCGGUGA